CACACAUCUCUCUUACCGUUUACUUUGAAUAAUUCCUUAAACACACAGAAUUUUUUCUUUCACUUUCCUUCGCAUCCCCACUCUCCCCCUUUUUUCUUCGCACUCGUGAAACCGAUUCUGCAGAGUGCAGGUAAUCAAAGAGGAGGAGAUGGGGGGGAUGUGUACGAGGCCGUUGGAGAGGUGUUUUGGUUAUGAAGGGGGUGGCAACGAUGGGCUUCUGUGGCACACGGAUUUGAAGCCUCACGCUUCAGGUGAGUAUUCGAUUGCGGUGGUGCAAGCAAAUUCUUUACUGGAAGAUCAAGGGCAGGUGUUCACGUCUCCCUCCGCGACGUUUGUUGGCGUCUACGAUGGCCACGGCGGUCCUGAGGCUUCUCGCUUCAUCACCCACCACCUUUUCCCUCUUCUCCACAAAUUCGCAUCCGAGCAGGGUGGACUAUCAGCAGAUGUAAUCAAGAAGGCCUUUGAUGCGACGGAGGAGAAGUUUUUACAGUUGGUGAAGCAGUUGUGGAUGGCCCGGCCACAGAUGGCUUCAGUAGGUUCUUGUUGUCUGGUUGGUGCAAUUUCUGGUGAUGUUCUUUACGUGGGGAAUCUUGGGGACUCGAGGGUAGUUCUUGGCCGAAAAGACCCCACGUCCAAGGUAAAAAAGUCGGUGGUGGCUGAGAGGUUAUCUACUGAUCAUAAUGUUGGUGUUGAGGAAGUGCGGAAGGAGGUGGAGGCACUUCACCCUGAUGAUUCCCACAUUGUGAUGUACUGUCGGGGAGUUUGGCGAAUUAAGGGCAUAAUUCAGGUUUCAAGAUCAAUUGGCGAUGUCUACCUAAAGAAACCCGAGUUUGAUAGAGAUCCUCUUUUUCAGCAACAUGUAUCUCAUGUUCCUUUGAAAAGGCCGGUGAUGACAGCGGAACCCUCAAUAUUGACACGGAAGUUAGUUCCGGAGGACUUGUUCUUGAUAUUUGCAUCUGAUGGUCUCUGGGAGCAAUUAAGUGAUGAAACUGCUGUUGAAAUCGUUUUCAAAAGCCCAAGAGCUGGAAUAGCAAAGCGAUUGGUGAAAGCUGCUUUGCACGAGGCUGCAAGAAAAAGAGAGAUGAGAUACGAGGACAUAAAAAGAAUCGAGAAAGGGGUAAGGCGCCAUUUCCAUGAUGAUAUUACUGUUAUCGUGAUCUACCUAGACCAUACGCCUGGAUCUUCAAAUCGUAGACUGAAGGAUCAAUGCCUGGUCGACAUCACAAGCACUCCUGUUGAUAUUUUCUCGUAUAACGCAGAUGAAUUAGGUGAUUCAUUGAACACCAUUAAGUGAGAAAACUAUUAGACAAGUUCAAAGUGGUAUGUUCUACAUAUUUAGAUAAGAAGUUGAGUUAUGAAUAGAUGCGCUGAUACAGAUGUGCAUAUUAGAUUUUUUUACAAAGAAGGUUGGGGAUUGAAUGGUUGACGAACAGUGGUUGUACAUAAUCUGUAAAUGAGGACUCCAGAUUGCCGUAAGGAAGUUGCUGCUGAUUUUGCUUCA